CGGGGCGGAGAGGCGGCUCUGGAGGCUCCUCCGGCAGCAGCCGGGCGGGCAGCGGUGCCCAUGGCAUGUCUGAUGGCGGCUUUCUCCCUGGGCAGCGCUUUGGGUGGCAGCAGCUCUGGUUGCACCAUGGCCGAGCCAAAGUCUGUGUGUGUUUCUGUGGACGAGGUGGUCUCCAAUGGCACAGACACCCAGGACAUCCGACUCAUGAAUGGACACUUAAAAAAAGUGGACAAUGCUCUGACAGAAGCUCACAGGUUCUCCUACCUGCCCCGCAGGCCAGCUGUCAACAUUGAGUUCAAAGAACUGUCCUACUCUAUCCAGGAGGGGCCAUGGUGGAGAAAGAAAGGUUAUAAGACCCUUUUGAAAGGAAUUUCAGGGAAGUUCAGCAGUGGAGAACUCGUUGCAAUUAUGGGACCUUCAGGAGCUGGGAAGUCAACACUUAUGAAUAUUCUGGCAGGGUACAGAGAGACGGGGAUGAAAGGAGAAAUCCUCAUCAACGGGCAGCCCCGCGACCUGCGCUCCUUCCGCAAAGUCUCCUGCUACAUCAUGCAGGAUGACAUGCUCCUCCCUCACCUCACUGUCCAGGAAGCUAUGAUGGUAUCUGCUCAUCUGAAACUUCAAGAGAAAGAUGAAGGGAGGAGAGAAAUGGUGAAGGAAAUCCUGACAGCCCUGGGCUUGCUGACCUGUGCCAACACCAGGACUGGGAGUCUUUCAGGGGGCCAGAGGAAGCGCCUUGCCAUUGCUCUGGAGCUGGUGAACAACCCUCCUGUCAUGUUCUUCGAUGAACCAACCAGUGGCUUGGAUAGUGCAUCGUGUUUCCAGGUGGUCUCUCUGAUGAAGGCUUUGGCCCAGGGUGGCAGGUCCAUCAUCUGCACCAUUCACCAGCCCAGUGCAAAACUCUUUGAGCUCUUUGACCAGCUCUAUGUUCUAAGUCAAGGUCAGUGCAUUUACCGUGGGAAGGUAACAAACCUUGUCCCUUACUUGAGAGAUUUGGGGUUGAAUUGUCCAACCUACCACAACCCAGCAGAUUUUGUGAUGGAGGUGGCCUCAGGAGAGUACGGGGACCAGAACAGCCGCCUGGUCAGGGCGGUGAGGGAGAGGAUUUGUGACACGGACUACAAGAGAGACGCGGCUGGGGAGAACGAGCUGAACCCCUUCCUGUGGCACCGGCCCUCGGAGGAGGACUCCUCCUCCACAGAAGGCUGCCACAGCUUCUCUGCCAGCUGCCUAACCCAGUUCUGCAUCCUCUUCAAAAGAACUUUCCUCACCAUCAUGAGGGACUCGGUCCUGACACACCUGAGGAUCACCUCACACAUUGGCAUUGGGCUGCUCAUUGGAUUGCUCUACUUGGGCAUUGGCAAUGAAGCCAAGAAAGUCCUCAGCAACUCGGGAUUCCUCUUUUUCUCCAUGCUGUUCCUCAUGUUUGCUGCGCUGAUGCCGACUGUCCUCACCUUCCCCCUUGAGAUGGGAGUGUUUCUCAGAGAACAUCUGAACUACUGGUACAGCCUGAAAGCCUAUUACCUCGCCAAAACCAUGGCUGAUGUUCCUUUUCAGAUCAUGUUCCCUGUGGCUUACUGCAGCAUCGUCUACUGGAUGACAUCCCAGCCCUCGGACGCGCUGCGCUUCGUCCUCUUCGCAGCCCUGGGGACCAUGACAUCCCUGGUGGCUCAGUCCCUGGGCCUGCUCAUAGGGGCAGCCUCCACAUCCCUCCAGGUGGCAACUUUUGUGGGCCCAGUUACUGCCAUCCCAGUCCUUCUGUUCUCUGGGUUUUUUGUCAGCUUUGAUACCAUCCCAACAUACCUCCAGUGGAUGUCCUACAUUUCCUAUGUCAGAUACGGGUUCGAAGGAGUCAUCCUCUCCAUCUACGGGCUGGACCGGGAAGAUCUGCAUUGUGACAAAGAUGACACCUGCCAUUUCCAAAAAUCAGAGGCCAUCCUGAAAGAACUGGAUGUAGAAAAUGCCAAACUUUACCUGGACUUCAUUGUCCUUGGGAUUUUCUUCUUCUCUCUGCGCCUGAUUGCCUACUUUGUCCUCAGAUACAAAAUCCGAGCGGAGAGGUAAAGGAAAAGCAGCUGAAGCAAUGCAGUAGGAGAACUUUAGACAUGCAAUAGAGGGCACUUGACAUUGUCUCACUGUGGCAGGCUGGCCCCCAGCCCCAGCCAGAUGCUGUCCUGGCCGAGCCCAUGGAGAGCCACAAUGGGAUAGUGGACACACAGUGUUAAACCAGUAAGUCCAGUUGGCUUGGGUCAUGUUUUCAUUACACUUUCUAGCUUUAACUAGGAAGAAGAACUAGAAGGGAAUUUUUCACCACAGAUUAUCCAUACUGAGGCAGUGUAACUGUAACAGGAAACCUGGCUGCAGGAGCUUUCCUUAUGAAAUUUUGGGAUAAGGUCACCAGGAUGCCAGUCCUGGUGGCCAGAAUAGUGUAAUGUCAUCUCUAGUUGACAAGGUAGUGAGAUGCAAAAUGAGGAAUGCAAAGAAAAUAGGAUUCUCUCAUCUUUUUAAAUUUCAUCUUUGCAGUUUUCUAUGUAUUAUUUUGCAAUUCUUUUCCACAGAAUUACCCCUUCUGGCUAAAAGUCUGUAAAUGUAUUAAUAAGGUAAAGAUAUCUUUUUAAUAUGGAUACUUUUUUAAAAGAAACCUAAAGUGAUUCAAGUAAUUAUUUUUGUUUCUGUCUGAAUUUAGAAUUCUGGUGCUUUACUUGUCGAGCUGGUCUCAUAUCUGAAAACUGUAAUGACAGGAGGAAAAGGCAGAUUCUGAAUCUGCACUAAACCUGUGGUCCCAUUUGGAAGCAGCACUGGAUAGCACAUGCAGUUAGACAUGGUCAAGCUGUCACUGAAUGGUUGAAAAAAAUAUUCUUUUGCAGUGUCUUUAAAUCCUUAGUAUUUGUGAUAUUUUGGGAUACUAGCUCUGUUCAUUAUCUGUUUGAUCUACCUCCUGCAACUGAAAAUAAUCAAAGCUCUCCAAGGCUCAUUUUUAAUUAAGUUGUGAAAGCAGGAUCUGUCCCUAAAGUGAUUGUUAAAGGAGUGCAAGAGCUGUCCACAGAUCAAAGCUUGGGCUACUGUGUUAAAACACCUGUGACUGCCUCAUCCAGAGGUGUUCAUUGUAUCUGCAACACACUCUGGUAGGGCUCUCCAAAAAAUACACAAAUGACCUUGUAACACUGCAGGUCUAAUCAUGCCAGGCAGUUUUGUUCUCUUCCCUAAGUCUACAUGCACAACAUGGGAAUCAGUUGAUCUGAACAUCAGUGAAACUGCUAUUUUGGGAUUCUCACCUCUGUAAAUUUGGCAGGGGGAAUUCUGGUUCCAAGCUGAUGGGAAAUCUGUCACUGAUUUUCAUGGGUUUGGAUUUUCAACCCAAAAUGAAUCCACCACACUCCCAUUAGACACCUUGGUGAGCUUUGGUGCAAACUGCACAGCCUUCUGCCAUGACUGUGAAUUUACCUUGGUGUCCCAGACCCCUGAGUGAGGUCUGCACAUUCUGUAAAUGCAUUAUUCCCAGCAGGAUGCUGAAGCCUUGCAGGUUGGAGGCAGCAACCCAUUGAGGAGCCCAACAGCUCAUGGCAGCAGGGUAGAAAAGAGAGACCUGGUGCAUCUUCUGGCCCCCAGCAGUCAAAAAUCCGCAGACUUUUCCAAGGCUCCAUGGCUGUGUCUAUCCUAGUGAAAUAAAUAGUGCCAGGGCCAGCUCUGUUAGUCCUCAGACAGCUGGGGCUGAUAGGAAUGGCCCCUGCACUGACUUUUACACUGUCUGGAAAAGCUCUGGCUGGGCUGGGCUGCAGCUCUGCCAUUUAGCAGGGAAGAAAAUUGUUUCCCAGAUAUCCUGGCUCGUGCCCAGGCUCUGUUUGAUUUACCAAUACAGACACAGACUGUGUGUAUCUGUUAAACUCAGGACACUGAACUAAGCCUGUGCUCUGGAAGGGUUUGAAUCAAGUAACUUAUUUUAGGAAGACUAGCUGAACUUUCCCUGAAUGUAAGGUUUACCUGUGAAAGCAAAAUCAAUCUUUACUUUAGAAGGAAAACCAAAUUCCUUGCACAGCCUGUUUGCAUAAUUUUUGCUGCUGUUUUUUCUCAAAAAGCUUUUGAGCAGUUCUGCAGAAUUUCCAGGCAUAAUCACGAGCAGGUAUGAACCUACAUGGCUGUCAGAUUUGAGAAAUUAAGAAUUUGAGCUAUUCUAAAUAAUAUUCAUAGCUGUGAACAGUUUUUAAACAAGGCACAAGAUGAAAUCCCUUUAGCAGAAUGUGCCUUGGUUAUUUCAAGACUCUCCAAGUAUUUGUGAAUAUUAUAGGCAGUUCGAACAUUUUUGCAAGCAGACAAAGGACUACAUUUGCCAAAUUACUCUUGGGUUGCAGACUUCUGGUUCAGGCUGAGGUCAGAGAGUGUGACAUCCCUGGCAUUAAAUACCUUCAGGGUUCAUGUUUUGAGUUUACCAACACCAUUUACCAAAAACCACCCUGGCAAUCCCUUGCAGUGUUCCAAAUGAGGUAACUUUGCUGGCAUUUCCACACUGGUGUCUUGCAGGAUGCUGCCCUCUCCCAUCUAGGCCAGUUUAGCUGCAUUAAUUCCUUGGAUUUCUUGUUAUCCUCUGCUUUUACACUGUCUCAUUUUAUGUUUUUAGCCUCCAGCAUGUCCUCCAGUACUGUAACUUUUGUUGUGUUAUGGUAGCCAAAAAUCUGCUUCUCCACGGGUGUUCCUGAGAAAAUUCCUGCUCUGGGAAUGUUUUUUGUCACUCCUUUUUUUGUUAGUUACAGUCCUCUUUCCAGCCUUCUGCUGGCAGCAUUUAGCUGGAAGUUGCUAUUCUAAGGAAUGCUUUCAGACUGUAGUAUCCCAGUAAAGAAUUAAUUCUCUGGAAAUUCUGUGAUACACAUAGAUGAGAUAAUAAUUUUUUCCCUCCCUAGCUCACAAAUUAACUAAUGAUCUCUCUUUUGUCACUGCUGAGGGACAGAAGCCUUUAAAAUCCAUCUCAAUUAUGUUUUCAUCUACUGCAAAGGUUUUUAAUGUAGUCUCAGGUUGGCUUUUUUUCUCUUUACAUGGAGAUAAAUUCUAACAGGCUGGUAUAAAACACAUUCCCAGGUUAAUGAGCAUGCAGGUGCUGUUGUGUUAAGCAGCACUUUGUGAAGCUCUGGAAUUUUACUUCGAAGAAUAAUAAGGCCAAGCAAGAUUCUGAAGGCUUCAAAUCCUCAAUUUUCAAAUCCUCAGUUUUAUAGCCAUAGAUAAAGAGCCAUAAAUUCUUUGAAGUCAAUGCCACUAUUACCAUUUGAACCAGUCACAGCCUGGCUAAAAGUGUAAGAGGCUAAAGGUUUCUAAAGGUCACUUGAAAACUGAAUGUAUGAUUUUUGUUGGGAUUGCAGGAAGACUUCAGUGUCCUGUUGGCCUCCUUGUUCUAUUUUGACUUGUUUGAGAUGUUGCUUUGGUUACUGAGUGCAUUAGUUAAGACUUUAGGUCCUUCAUAUUUCUUUUGUUGUUUUUCUUCGUGGAAACUUGCAUAUAAUCUGAAAAACCCUGAAGGUUUUUAGAAAUAACUUGAAGCGUUAUUAUUUACAAUUAAAUAAAAGAUUUCUAAAGCAGAUUCUGCUCUUAAGAAAUUGAGAAGAUUCCAUUGUUGCAGGUAAAAGGGAGUGGAAGAAGACUGGUGCUGAAAUCCUCUUCAGGUGUUAGAAUUUAGCACCUAUUUUCAUUAAAAGAGAGGAAUAUGUGCACAUGUAACAGGGACAGCUGGUUAUGUAAGUGAGAUAAUGAACUUGAGCCCAAGAACUGGGAUGUCUCAGGUGAUUGACAGCUCCAUCCACACUUUUGUGUCAAACUCUGUGUUCUCAGCAGAGAGGAAUGUUUUAUUAAACACUGCUCCUGCAAGGAAGUGUGGUACAUCCUGACCUGUGAUCCUCACAGAGAUCCUGCCUGGCCUGUUUACACAGUGCUGGGUGGAUUUUGGGAAUCUAAGAAUCAGGGAGAGGGCCAACAAAGCAGAUAUCCUGGUGGGAGUCUGUUACAGACCACCCAGCCAGGAUGAAAUAUUCCAUGGGAAGUCUUGUGAUCAAUGCCCCUUGUUCCUGUGGGAGACUUCAACUUGCCAGAUGUCUGCUGGAAAUACAACAGAGCAGGGAGGAAAAGUACAAGGGGUUCCUGGGGUGUGUGGGAGGUGAUUCCUGACAGAGAUGGUGAGGGAGCCAAGCAGUGGUGAUGCCCCACUGGAUCUGUGACCAGAGAAGGGCUGGUGGGUGAUGUGGUAGCUGGAGAUCCUCUUGGGCACAGUGAACAUGGAAUUAGAGGGUUUGGUUCUUGGGGAGAUGCAGGGGUGGCAGCAGAAUUCCAGCCUGGACUUGUGGAGGGCAGACUGUGCUUGGGGGCUGGAUGGGCAGAGUCUCUUGGGAGCAGCCCUGAAGGGUGGAGGAGCUCAGGAAGGCACAGAUAUUCCUAAAGAAAUCCUAAAGGCACAGCAGGAGCAGGACAUCCAUCCUCAUGUGACAAAGGAGCCAUGAGCCAUGAGCCAGAGAGGCAGAAGGACUGGCCUAGCUGAGCAGAGAGCUUUGGCUGGAACUCAUAGGAAAAAAAAAAAACCUUUGGAAGAAGGGGCAGGCAAACCAGCAGGACUACAAGGAUGUUGUGAGGUUAUGCGAGGAGAAAUUAGAAGGGCCAAAGCCCAGCUAGAACUUAAUCUGCUACUGCUGUAAAAGAUAUUUUAAAAUAUUCCUGUAAAUACAGCACUAAGGAGAGUCUCCAUCCUUCACUGGAUGCCAUCCUUUAUUUCCUGCCUGAACAGCCCCACAAUUGCUCAGGAAUUUCUGUGUGGAGACCAUUUAUAAAGUAUGAUCCUGUGAAAAGCUGUAGGGAACUAGAAGCAGGCAGGAAAUGGCACUGUGUCAUGUCCUCUGUGGCAGCUGGUGACAGGCUGCUCUCUGCAGUGCCACACACACUGGUGAGUGCAGAAAUUCAGUGCUGAGUGCCACUGGGGUUAAUCAGGAGCUCUGCCAUGAGUGAACAGGGGCAUUUUCAGGGAUCAGCCCCUACUGCCCUCUCUUAAAUACCUGUUCCCAUAACACACACAGGGGUUGUUGUGGGGUGUCCCACUGAGUGAUUUUUAUCAGCCCACAUACCACCCUUCAUAUUACAUGUCUGAAAGUUUCAGGCUGAGCCUGCAAACAUAGCAAGUUUCAUUUUAAUUCUGUUCAAAGCUUUAUUUCUGUUUCUGUACAUAUUCCAAGUAGAGUUUCUGAAGGAGUAAUUGUAGGGCACAAAAUUGAGCUUCAGUCUUUUUGUUAUUUUGAAAUCUCACGACAGAUGAUAAUUUUAUGCAGUUGUCAGCUGUAGAACCUUUCUUUAAGAGAUUCAGAUUUCUGUUGGGACCUGUUGCCAGCACUGUAGAGCAAAGGGUGGCCAGUCAGGAUGUGUCUCCUGUGGCACAAAUCAUGGCCAUGGCUCAGCCUGCAUCCUCUGCACUGGUUGAACCUUCAAAACACGUCCACCUUUUGCUGGUUCUUUUUUAUAUUUUGUUCUGGGGGUUUCCGUGCAGCUCAGCCCAUGCCUACCAGCUGCUUGUGUCCCUUUUUUCUGGAUGUUCAUGGCUGCUGUCCAUGUGGGAUGUGAAAAUGAGCUGCUUGGGAAGAAUGCAGGAUGGUCAAAGGUGGAGGGAUGACUUUGAGACUUCCUCGAGCUACCAAAGCCCCAAUGUGCUGGAUCUCUGGGUGUGCUUUACUCUUUCAAGAAGAAAAAACAAAAUUCAAAAAUGUCUUUUUAAGCAGAUUGCAAGGCAACAUGGAAGUUUCUACAUUUAAAAGGUGAUGGGUCUUUCUACUUCAGUGGCAUCUGUGAUGUCUUUUUUUCCCACCCCAUUGUAGCUUAUUUUAGUGGCCCAUUUAGGGUAAUCAUUAUGCAAACUCCUUUCUGUUACUUCCAGAAACCAGUUUUCUUGGCCUCAAUAAUUAUACCAACCCUUACAAAUGUGAAUUAGUUGAUCAAUUAAAUAAAAAGAAAAA